AUGUUCACUUUGAUUUUCCUCUUAUUUCUACUUCUUUUGCCAAGGUUCAUUUAUCCUAGAUGCUUUUGGAGAAUGAAGCAGAAUAAAGACAAGGAUGGAGACUUGGUGAAAGAUUGUGCCUUCUUCCUUGCAAGUGUGCAGCAGCCUGUAGAGAUAGAUUAUUUCAAGCACAUUCUGAAUGAGCAACCACCAACUGAAAACAUCAAGUUUGCACUGGCCUUAGCUUUUUCCAUUGAUGAACUCAAAAGGAACCCUGAUCUUUUACCAAAUACAUCAUUAGUGUUUGAAUUCCAAGAAGGUGGUUGUAAGACUAUGUCACAAUUAUACAGUCACUUGCAUUUUUCUGAAGAACAUAAUGAUAUUUCUCCUAAUUAUAUCUGUGAGAAAGAUACUACAUGUAUAGUGUUGCUUACAGGACCAAACUGGGAAACAUCUGCAAUGGCUGGGAUAUUCAUAAGUCUCUACAUAUCUCAACAGAUCCUUCAACUUACCUAUGGACCUUUCCAUCCGCUCCUGAGCAAUCGUGAACAAUUUCCCUCUGUGUAUCAGAUGGCCCCUAAGGACACAUCUCUAGCCCUGGCAAUUGUCUCUUUAAUACUUCACUUCAACUGGAACUGGAUUGGACUGGCCGUCUCAGACAAUGAUCAGGGUACCCAAUUUCUCUCACUUUUGAGAAGAGAGAUGGAACAAAACAAGAUUUGCUUUGCCUUUGUUAAUAUUAUCCCAGUCAAAAUGAAUUUAUACUUGCCAAGAGCUGAAGUGUAUUAUAACCAAAUCAUGACAUCAUCCACAAAUGUAGUAAUCAUUUAUGGUUACACAGACAGUACACUAGCUAUGGGUUUUAGAUUGUGGGAAUCUCUAGGUGUACAGAAAAUAUGGAUUACCACCUCACAGUGGGAUGUCACUACAAAUAAUAAAGACUUCACAAUUAAUUCAUCCUACAGGACACUAGCUUUUGCACACCAUCAUGCUGAGAUUUCUAGCUUUAAAUUUUUUCUCCAGACAUUGAACCCUCUCAAAUACUCAGAAGAAUACCUGGCAACACUGGAGUGGAUGAAGUUGAACUGCGAAGUCACAGCUUAUAAGUGUAAGACCAUGAAGAAUUGCUUAUCCAAUGCCUCAUUGCAAUGGUUAAAGGUACAGACUUUAGACAUGGCCUUUAGCGAUAACAGUUAUGACAUAUAUAACGCUGUGUAUACUUUGGCCUAUGCUCUCCAUGAUAUGCUUCUUCAACAAGUACAUAAUCAGCCAAUGGAUAAUAUGAAAGGAACUUAUAAUCACUGCUUGAAGCUGCACUCCUUUCUGAGGAAGACCGAGUUCACUAAUCCUGUUGGAGACAGAGUGAAUAUGAAACAGAAAGAAAAAGUCCAGGAAAAGUAUGAUAUUUUUCAGGUUUGGAAUUUCCCAUAUGGUCUUGGACUUAAGGUGAAGAUAGGAGAGUUUAGCACAUAUUUUCCACAUGAUCAACAGCUGCGUUUAUAUGAAGACAUGAUAGAGCAGUCAACAGGAAGUAGACAGAUGUCACCCUCUGUGUGCAGUGCUGAUUGUGGUCCUGGAUCAAGAAAAUUCUGGCAGAAGGGAAUGGCAGCCUGUUGUUUUGGUUGCCAUCCCUGCCCACAAAAUGAAGUUUCUAAUGAGACAAAUGUGGAUAAAUGUGUGAGGUGUCCAGAGGACCAGUAUGCCAACAGAGAACAGAACCAGUGCAUUCCAAAGGUUGUGGUCUUUCUGAACUACAAAGAUCCUGUGGGGUUGGCUCUUUCCUUAAUGGCCUUAUGCUUCUCUGCAUUCACAGCUGUGGUUCUUGGAGUAUUUGUAAAGUUUCAUGACACUCCCAUUGUGAAGGCCAAUAACCAGAAUCUCACCUACAUCUUGCUAAUUUCACUCAUCCUUUGUUUCCUGUGUCCCUUGCUCUUCAUUGGGCAUCCCAACUCAGCUACCUGUAUCCUACAGCAAGUCACAUUUGGAGUUGUAGUCACUGUGGCAGUUUCUACCGUGUUGGCCAAAACAGUGACUGUGCUGUUUGCUUUCAAAGUCACAGUCCCUGGAAGAAGGAUGAGGUACUUCCUUGUUUCAGGGGCACCCAAUUACAUCAUUGUCAUCUGUACUCUCAUCCAAAUUAUUCUCUGUGCAAGCUGGCUGCAAUUUUCUCCGCCCUUUAUUGACAAUGAUGCACAGUCUGAGCCUGGCCAAAUCAUCAUUGUGUGCAACAAGGGCUCAGUGACUGCAUUCUACUGUGUCCUGGGAUACCAUGGCUCCCUUGCCUUAGUGAGCUUCAUUGUGGCUUUCUUGGCCAGGAAUCUCCCUGACACAUUCAAUGAAGCCAAGUUACUGACCUUCAGCAUGCUGUUGUUCUACAGUGUCUGGGUCACUUUUAUCCCUGUCUAUCACAGUACCAAAGGCAAAGUCAUGGUGGUUGUGGAGAUCUUAUCCAUCUUGAUUUCCAGUGCAGGCCUACUGGGAUGCAUCUUUAUCCCCAAGUGCUACAUAAUUUUAUUAAGACCAGAAAGAAAUUCUCUUCAAAAGUUGAGGGAGAAAAGAUCUUUUUGA